AUGUCGCGCCGCAGAGAGCCCAGCGAAAGAAGGAGAGAGAGAGACAAACGAAUGACAGUCGACGUCGAGGGCACUCUGCAGCUUCCCCAGGACACAACGCAGCUGCUGCAGCAGCAGCUGCAGCAGCAGCACGUGCUGCAGCAGCAGAUGCUGCAGCAGCAGCAACAGCAGCAGCAGCUCCUGCAUCACCACCACCACAUGCUCCAUGGACCACUGGUCCACUGCAUAAGCCAGCCUGCGCACAUGCCCUGCAUGCAGGUAAUCAAACCCGCGGAAGAUGCAGCAGCAGCAGCAGCUGCUGCUGCUGCAGCUGCUGCUGCUGCUGCUCCUCCCGUAGCCCCACAAGCUGUCUAUCAGGUGUACGGGCAGCCCGCAGCAGCAGUCAUGAGCCCACAAGGCCCCUAUGUUGAAGUGCUGCAGCAGCCGACAGCAGCGGCCCCCCAGAAGCAGCAGCAACAGAAGCAGCACUGCAUGCGGCAGCAGCAGCAGCAACAACAACAAAUGCCGCAGCAGCAGUACGUUCUGCAGCAGCCGCAGCAAGCCAUGAUGCUGCCGCAGCAAAUGAUUCUUCCGCAGCAGGUAGCAGCAGUGCAGCAGCCACCCAUGGGCGCCUUGCCACAGCAGCAGCAAGUGCUGCUGCCAGCAGCAGCAGCAGCAGCAGAAGUCCCCGGAGUGGCCCUGCAAGGUGCAGCAGCACCAGUGGCUGUUUACCCCUACGGAGGGGCGCCAGUGGUGCAGCAGCAGCCCUACGUGCUGCAGCAGCAGCAGCCCUACGUGUUGCAGCAGCAACAGCCCUACGUGGUGCAGCAGCAGCAGCCCUACCCCAUAGUGAUCCAGCAGCAGCAGCAGCCCGUGCUGCUGCCAACAGCAGCAGUAUCUUAUCCCGGGGCUCUUGCUGCAGUGCAGCAGCCAGCUGUGGUGAUUGCAGGGCCCGGCGGCACCCUCUUGCUGCAGCAGCAGCCACCCAUAUUCCGCCGAACUCAGCAGCAGCCGCAGCAGCAGCAGCAGCAGCAAAGUCGAUUCUGCUGCAUGUAA